AUGGUCCGUCGUUUCCGCGGUGCACUUGCGUUGGCUGCUGCGACGUUGGUGUGUCAUUGUUGCACUGACCUGAGGUUCGUCACACCAAAGGCAGAGGCAUCCGAAGCGACCCGGCGCGGCUUGGCCACAAGCCUGGCAAUGGGGCUCGCAAGCCUUGUAGGGUUGGAGUCGGCUCAUGCCUACGACCUCCCUGACCUGCCUUACGCCUACGAUGCUUUGGAGCCGUCCAUUGACAAGGCCACCAUGGAGUUCCACCACGACAAGCACCAUCUGACGUAUGUGACCAACAUCAACAAAGCUCUGGAAGGAAAGACACAGCCUGCGCUCGUCGAGUUGCAGAAGUCGGCAAUCAAGGACGGAGCAGCCUUUCGCAACAGUGGGGGUGGUGCAUACAAUCACAACUUCUUCUGGCUCGAAAUGGCUCCAACUGGAACUGGCGGUGCGCCCUCCGAAAAGCUUGCUGCAGCCAUAGAUGAAGCUUUUGGAUCCAUGGAUGACUUCAAGGCCAAGUUUGAAGCUGCUGGUGCUCCGGGUGCACGCUUCGGAUCCGGUUGGGUUUGGCUGGUGGUCGCGGACGACAAGAAGCUGGCAAUCACUUCAACUCCCAACCAGGACAAUCCGCUGAUGGAAGGUGUUGAGGGUACUGCAGGCAUUCCGAUCUUGGGCUGUGACGUUUGGGAGCAUGCCUACUACCUCAAGUACCAGUACCGCCGCCCGGACUACAUCAAGGCCUGGUGGGACGUCGUGAACUGGAACCAGGUAAGUGCCUGGUAUGAAGAUGCCUUGGGUGGCAAAGCGCCGACAGCGGACUCGGCUACGUCGACCGCAGCUCUGAUUGGGAAGAAGACUUCGUCCUUCGAUUUGAAGUUGGGCUUCGAAGCCAACGCAAGGUACGGAAGCAUUUCCAGAACCGGCAGCUGCUUCGAGUCAAGUCGGGUUCUCAUUCUUUCCACCACGGUUGAUGCUCUUCCUGCUUCUGAGUGCAUCACUGAUAUCAUGGGGCUUGCAGAGGUCUCAGGGCGGCCAGCAAAGCCAAAGACGCCGACUCCUCCUGUGGAGCGGCAGCCGGUGGCAGUUCGUGACAUCGAGGUGGUUGUGCGGCAUGCCGUGCCAGAAGGUCCUUUGGCCAACGAGGUGCUGCUGACAGUGAAAAGCAACGCCACCAUAAAGAGCGUGAAAGAGGCCUUGGUGGCGCACUUGGGCAAGCCCGAGUUGCUGCGGUCGUGUCGCCUGGUGCAGCCCGUUGGCGAGAACGGCGCCUUCUCCUCUUUCAAGGAUAACGAGAAGCUCAACGGCCGUCGUGCGCUGUUGGUCUUGGGGAUCCCCAGUCUCCGGCCUGCUGGCGAAGAGCCCCCUGAGGAGCCUGCUGCAGAGAAGGCAAGUUCCACGGCGGCUAGUCCUGACAUGCCGGCUGCACGCAAGCCAGAGGCGAAGGCGGUGGCCCCCGAGCCACCGAAGCUUUCGAUUUCGCAGGCUCUCGCUCUUCAGCUCCUCGGCCUGCGCGACUUGUUGCAGGGCUUUGCCGACCCGGCCUUCCAGGAAAAGCGCAAGGACGGGUCCAUUGUGACGGAAGCAGAGAAGCAGCACAGUGAUCCGAGGAGGUUUAGUGCAGAGCGGCAGAAGCUCUUCCUCACGGGCGUUUUCGACAUGCUGCAGCAAUUCGACCGACCGGAGAUCACCUCUAACGGAGAAUUCCAGCAGCAGGGCGCUGUGCUGAAUCAUCUCCUCUUUGCGGAAGAGAUGGCAGAGCCCACUCAAGCUGAAGCAGCUGCACAGGUUGUAGUGCGGCAUGCUGUUCAAGAAGGUCCCGAGGCCAAUGAGGAAGUGCUGCUGACCGUGAAGAGCAAUGCCACCAUCAAGAGCGUCCGGGAGGCAGGGGCCAUUUG